GAACGAAAAGUAACCUGCAAACAUCCAGUAACAGGACAGCCAUCACAGGACAACUGUAUCUUUGUUGUGAAUGAACAGACUGCUGCAGCAAUGACAUCUGAAGAAAAGAAGGAGCGACCAGUAAGCAUGAUAUGUGAAGCAACUAACUAUAAUCUGACAUCAGAUUAUGCUGCUCAUCCAAUGAGCCCUGUGGGCAGAACAUCACGAUCUUCAAAGAAGGUUCAUAAUUUCGGAAAGAGAUCAAACUCAAUAAAGAGAAAUCCUAAUGCACCAGUUGUCAGACGUGGCUGGCUCUACAAACAGGAUAGUACUGGAAUGAAGUUGUGGAAGAAACGGUGGUUUGUGCUCUCAGAUCUGUGUCUCUUCUAUUACAGAGAUGAGAAAGAAGAAGGAAUAUUAGGUAGCAUACUUCUACCUAGUUUUCAGAUAUCUGUGCUUUCUCCUGAGGACCAUAUUAACCGCAAAUACGCCUUUAAGGCAGCUCAUCCAAACAUGAGGACCUAUUAUUUCUGCACAGAUACAGGGAAGGAAAUGGAGUUGUGGAUGAAAGCCAUGACAGAUGCAGCACUUGUGCAAACAGAGCCUGUGAAAAGAGUAGAGAAGUUAACCACUGAAAAUACACCACCUCGAGAAGCAAAUAAUAUUUCAAACCAUCGGGUGCUAAUUAAGCCAGAGGCACAAAAUAACCAGAAAAACAAAGAAGUGAUCAAAAAUGAGGAGAAGAAAGCUUUGGAAGCCGAAAAAUAUGGAUUCCAGAAAGUUGGGCACGAUAAACCGCUAACGAAAAUUAACAGUGUAAAGCUAAAUCCUUUGGGAUCCGAAUACAGGACUUUACCCAUAACUACGAUUCAGGCUGGACACUUCAGACCAGUUCAUCUAAAUGGGUCUGAGAAUAAAGCUGUUGGUGGUGUUCUGGCAGAUGCUGGAGAUGGAGGUCAGCACAAUGUGGUUCAGUCACAUAUGGAGUCUGAGAGAGCUAUGCAGAGAACUAAUUCAAUGCUGCAGUUGGAACAGUGGAUUAAAAUGCAAAGAGGAAAAGGACAAGAAGAGGAAACAAGAGGCAUAAUCUCAUAUCAGACGUUACCAAGAAACAUGCCAAGCCAUCGACCUCAAGUUUUACCCCGGUACCCAGAAGGCUACAGAACACUGCCAAGAAACAGCAAAGCACGGCCGGAGAGCCUCUGCAGCGUAACGCCGUCGGCUUACGACCGAGCUAUAGGACCAGUAACAGCCGAAGAAAAACGGAGGUCAAUGCGCGAUGACACGAUGUGGCAGCUCUAUGAAUGGCAGCAACGUCAGUUUUACAAUAAGCAAACAACUCUUACUAGACACAGUACUUUAAGUAGCCCAAAAACUAUGAUUAAUAUUUCUGAUCAGACGAUGCAUUCGAUUCCCACCUCACCUUCUCAUGGUUCAAUCGCUGGUUUCCAAGGGUAUUCCCCACAGCGGACCUACAGAUCAGAAGUGUCUUCACCAGUGCAAAGGGGAGAUGUAACUAUUGAUCGCAGACACAGGACGCAUCAUACUAAGCAUGUCUUUGUGCCCGACAGAAGGUCAAUGCCAGCAGGUCUGAGUUUACAGCCUGUUACUCCUCAGAGCCUCCAAGGCAAAACACCAGAGGAGCUCACGCUGCUGCUAAUAAAGCUGAGACGGCAGCAAGCUGAACUGAGUAGUAUCCGGGAACACACACUAGCACAGCUCAUGCAGCUAAAACUUGAGGCCAGCAGCCCAAAGAAUGAGAUUCUUUCACAUCACCUUCAAAGGAAUGCCAUAUAUUUGGAUCAUCAGAUGAAAGAGAAUGAACCUUUAAUCACCAUGGUUCACACUAUGAUUGAGAACUCGGCGCUAAGACCGCAACUGUACCAGCAAUUAACACAAGAAGAAUGUAGGGGUACACUAUACAAAUAUAGAACUGAAGAGCUGGAUAUUGAUGCUAAGCUUAGCCGUUUAUGUGAACAAGAUAAAGCUGUACAAGCACUGGAAGAGAAGCUUCAACAGCUACACAAGGAGAAAUACACGCUUGAGCAAGCUUUGCUAUCAGCAAGUCAGGAGAUAGAAAUGAAUGCAGAUAAUCCCGCAGCCAUACAAAAUGUAGUCUUACAGAGAGAUGACUUGCAGAACGGACUCCUUAGCACUUGUCGAGAAGUAUCGCGAGCUACUGCAGAACUGGAAAGAGCUUGGAGAGAAUAUGAUAAAUUGGAGUAUGAUGUAACUGUAACAAGGAGCCAUAUGCAGGAGCAACUUGAACGGCUUGGAGAAAUUCAGACUGAGUCAGCAGGGAUACAGCGUGCUCAGAUUCAGAAGGAACUGUGGAGAAUUCAAGAUGUCAUGGAGGGUUUAAGUAAACAUAAACAGCAAAGAAGCUCUUCAGAGGCAGGCAUCAUGGGAUCAAGGACAUUUUCAGCUAUUAAAUAUAAAAAUGAGGGUCCUGAUUAUAGGCUUUAUAAGAGUGAACCGGAGUUAACUACAGUAGCAGAAGUGGAUGAGUCUAAUGGCGAAGAAAAAACAGAACAAAUUUCAGAAUCAGAACCUACAGCUAAAGGCUCACAUUUUCCUGUGGGAGUUGUACCACCCAGAACCAAAUCACCAACGCCAGAGUCUUCAACAAUAGCAUCCUACGUCACUUUGAGGAAGAAUAAGAAGAUAGAUCUAAGAACGGAAAGACCAAGAAGUGCAGUGGAGCAGCUGUGUCUUGCAGAAAGCACACGGCCUCGAAUGACUGUGGAGGAACAGAUGGAAAGAAUAAAGAGACACCAACAAGCUUGCCUGAGAGAGAAGAGAAAAGGACUCAGUAUCAUUGGCGUUUCAGAGCACUCUCCUUCACAGAGUGUGUCGUCUGUCAGAGAUAAUCCAUUCAAAUUGGCACAGAAUCGAAAAAAGGAUGAUACUGUAUCUGGUAACAUGAAGGAAUUAGAGAGCACUAGUAAAGAAAAUAAUUCAAAACAAAAUGAUGAAAGACCUGGAGAAGAAAUAGCGCAACUAAAACAUGAUGGAGAACAAGAACAUAAUUCAGGUGUUACUAAAGAGCUGACAAAAACUGAUGAUCUUUUAUCAGAUGCACAUGUUGUAUCUGACUCAAAAGAAGUGAGUAAUGAAGCGAAAGCAGAAAAGGAAAAGAAAAAUAAAUUGGAAGAAACACAUGAUGGUGAUAUAAGCUUGCAGAGUGUGACCACAGUUACAAACCACAAACCCAAAACCAGCUCAGAAGAAAGUGAAGUAGUUAGUGUUCAAGAACAAGGAGGGAUUAUUUCUUCAUUUGAAUUAGCAGCACAGUCUUCAAAAGGAAAUCAGGCAACAGCAGUGAAAAGUUUGCCUUCUUCACCAGAAUCGUCAUUGUCACCAGCUCCAUCUACACAGACGCAGCUCACAGAAGGAUCGCAUUUCAUGUGUGUAUAGUUACAGAGAACACUAAUGGCUUCUGUUGAAACAAUUCAUGCCUGAGAUGUAUGGACCUGACCUAUGAAAAUAUGAGAAGAUAUUGUACAGUAUAUUUUAAAUCUAUGAAAUUCAUAGUUCUGAUGCUUUUGGCCACAGAGCAUCAUUUUAUCACUUCCUGGGAAAUGUUUAUUCCAAGAGAGCUUUAAAUGGCCCACAUGUACACUCAACAACCUUCCGAUUGUUCUCCUGAUACCAGCUUGCUGCUAUGAUUUCUGUGCACAUAAAAUAAAGGCUCUUUUUUAAUGUGCAGCCUACAGUCAGAACUUUAUUUGAUAUUCUUCAGAAUUUAAUGUUCUUUUAAUUAUGGAUCCUAUAAGUUUUACUUUUUGCUUUUUUUAGAUGCUUAACUCGGUUAAU